CCAUGUCUAUAUGACUGGGGGGGCAUUGCGCUCGGUACAGUCUGGCAUCCCGGGCAUCUCCCUGCGCUACUGUGUAUCGGGCUCUCCUGGGACCUCUAACAGCAAACAGUGCAAAUACCCUACUGCCCCAGUUGGACAAUGGCCGCUGAACAGUCUGCCACCAAACUGACCCACGCAGAGAAAUGUAUCAGGGACUUGGUCCAGACCUUCUAUGACUGCUCCAGGAAAGACGCGGAUCAGGAGAACCUCUCAUUGGGGGAAUUUACAGAGCUGGUGAAGAAGAACUUCCCCCACUACCUGGAGGGGGUGAAUAUGGAGGACAAGAUCAAGGAGUUGGACACCAACAAUGACAAACAGAUGAAGUUCAGCGAAUACUGGAAGCUGAUUGGAGAAUUGGCCAAAAACGCGAAGCGAUGUGAGAAGGCAAAACACCAGUGUUAGUGGGGGGGGGCGUUACUGGCAGUGGCCAACUGCCCCAGGGGCAAAUAUCAUAAUAAAAAAUCAUGUUCUGAAUGAUC